UUCACACUGACGUUCCCCACCCACCUCCACCGGGCACACCGGUGGCUGCACAGCUCUCUCUGUUAGGACUAUCACCGAAAACAUAUCACAAACAUACGUCCACGCUUUCUUUCUCUGGACAAAAACCGUGGAAGAAACACGUUUUUUUUUCGAGUCGGAGAGGUAUUGGAAUUGGAAAUACCCUGGUGUGAUUGUCUCGUCUUUUUUCUGGCUGGACAACAAGACAAGUGCGUUGAUACCGCUCACAUUGGGGACAAUUGUUGCAUUUUAAGUCUUCAUUCAACAAACCUUUGAGCUAUGGAGUUGAGUUCAGUGAUCCUAACCACUGGGGUCUCGGUCGGGUUUUUUAGGCUGGUCAAUGCUGGUGUCAGUAAACUGCCCAUGCCUGAGUCUGCCUGCAGGAAUGCAUGGAAAUGGAGAAACAUCUCUACAUCCUUCGUGCACAGCUUUAUCACUGCGAUAUGGGCAGUGUUAUGCUUUUUCCGCCACCCACAGAUGGCCGAAGAUUUGAUAGAAACUCACUCUGUGUUUUCUCACGCCUUGGUGUCGUUAUCGAUCGGCUACUUCAUCUGUGACUUCCUUGACAUGGUGUUGAACCAGAAGCUGAAUCAGUCCUGGGAGAUUCUCUUUCACCACAUUGUGGUGAUCACCUGUUUCGGCUUCUCCGUGCUCACCUGCCACUACGUGGGCUUCUCCGUGGUGGCCCUGAUGGUGGAGAUAAACUCUGUGUUCCUCCACCUCAGGCAAAUGCUGCUUAUGGCCGGCAACGCCACGAGCACGCUGUACCGCAUCAACAGCAUCAUCAACCUGGGCACGUACGUGGUGUUCCGCAUCAACACGCUGGCCUGGAUGACCCGCUGGCUGGUGCUCAACAGGGACAACGUGCCGCUCAUGGCCUACACUCUGGGCAGCGUCGGCAUGGCCGUCAUGACGGUCAUGAAUAUUGUGCUGUUCUGUCGGCUACUCAGGAGCGACUUUUUGAAGAACAGCACCCGGGAGAACAAGAAGGAGAAGGACAUGUAGAGAAGAGGGGAAGGAUUAUGAUAAAUACAGACUCAUUAUUGUAUGUUAACGCCCUGUGGCUGAGAUUUGGCAGCUUGUGUGUAAUAUACCUAAAGCUAGGAAUCUUUUUAAAUCUCUGAUACUGUAUAGGUACAUGCACACAAGUAGUACUUAAAUGUCCUGACAUCAAACACAGAUUACACCGGUCAAUAUGUUAAAGAAACAUUUAGUUGUUGUUUUAAAUGUAGGCUUGUGUAUCUGUGUGUGGUUUAAUCAUCUCUAUGUGCCAGUAGUGGCUCACUAAUGGUAAAUGGAGGGUUCUUUUAUGUAAUCCCUUGAAAAACAACAUCCAACGCCUUAUUUCCCACAGGGUGUUUAAGCUAAAUCUGUUCUAAAAUGUAGCUUAAGUGAAGACGCACUGUUCAUUACACAAACCGGCAAACAAUCCUUUAUAUUUCCAUAGAAAAUAUCUUAACAAUAACAUUUUAUUUAUACAUUAUAUGAUACUGUUGUUUUUUCACAUCUCUCUCCGCAAAAGUUCAUUUCUCUUUUUUUAUCCAACACGUCCUCUACCGAAAACUGCCUGAUACCUCAGAAAGCUUUUAACAAUGAUUUGGCUCAUUCUUACACAAGUUUGCUGUCAGUUUUCAGUUAUUUUUUAAAGCAGAAAAAAUUGUACAUAAAAACUGUAUUUCUCUGCAAGCAUAUCAAGCAGGAUAGAAACAGUAAUAGGGUGAAUACUUUGAAGUAACAUACAUAAAACAGAUCAUGAUCGAUCACAAAAUGCAGUACAGCUUGUUAUUAUGUAGCCAAACACUUAAAGGUGGGGUAGGUAAGUUUGAGAAACCGGCUCGAGAUACAGUUUUUGUUAUAUUCCAUGGAAUGCUCUUAACAUCCCGAUA